AUGGGCUGGCUGAACUUCUGGCCCCGCUCCCAGGUGAACAACGAAGCGGAAGACGAGGACGAAAAGAAGAAGAAGGCCGGCACGAAGCCUGCCGCGGACACAGGCGAGAUGAAGAAAUUUACCGCCAAAGACCUUGCCCACUUCACCGGCGAGAACGGCAGUCGCAUCUACGUGUCGGUGAAGAACAAGGUGUACGACUGCACGAGCGGUGCGGCCUUCUACGGUCCUGGCAAGGCGUACGCCGUCUUCGCCGGCAAGGAGGUGUCGCGCUGCCUGGGUAAGAUGCUCAUCGGCGAGGAGGAGGCCAACGCCAACUGGGACGAUUUGCUGCCCGAGCACAUGCAGACGCUGGACGAGUGGGACGCGAAGUUUGAGAGUAAGUACCCCGUCAUCGGCACCUUUGAGCCCACGGACGAGUACUACGCGCGCCAAAAGCUGUUCACCCCGUAA